CUGUUCUAACUGAUUGGGAAGGAUCAUCCAUGGGACCUGACAACUCAAGAGCAUCUUCUUCAGGCAUAAAAAAAGAACAGGAUGAUCAGCUUGAAUCUGCAAGAGCCGAAAUGGGUGAAGUGAGAGAAGAAAAUGAAAGACUGAAGAUGUAUUUAGGUCGAAUAAUGAAUGAUUACAAGAUCCUUCAAAUGCGAUUCCAUGACUUUGUUCAGCAAGACGCGAAGAACUCUACAGACACAUCUAAUGAUCAUGACCAAGAAGUCGAAGAAACUGAGCUUGUUUCUCUAAGUCUUGGAAGAUUUUCAAGUGAUUCAAAAAAGGAAGAGAAGACGAAAACCUCUAGUUCAGGAAAAGAAGAUGAUCAGAAAAUUAAAGAAGGCUUAUCCCUUGGACUAGAAUGCAAAUUUGAAGUAUCAAAACCAGAUGCAAAUGAAGCGUUACCUGAUCCCAGCCUCACAAACAGUUUUGAGGAAUCAAAGGAAGAAGCUGGGGAGACCUGGCCACCUAGUAAAGCUCUCAAGACAAUGAGAAGUGGAGACGAAGACAUUUCUCAACAAAAUCCAGUCAAAAGAGCCAGGGUUUCUGUUAGAGCUAGGUGCGAUACACCAACGAUGAAUGAUGGUUGCCAAUGGAGGAAAUAUGGACAAAAGAUUGCUAAAGGAAACCCUUGCCCUCGUGCUUAUUAUCGCUGCACUGUUGCUCCUUCAUGCCCAGUCAGGAAACAGGUGCAAAGAUGUGCUGAGGAAAUGUCAAUCUUAAUCACCACCUAUGAAGGAACCCACAACCACCCACUUCCAAUGUCAGCAACCGCUAUGGCUUCUACAACUUCUGCAGCCGCUUCCAUGUUAUUGUCUGGCUCAUCAUCGAGCUCUCGCCCUGGCUCCACUGCACCAUCCACCUCCAUCACAGCAGCCAAUAAUAAUCUCCAUGGACUAAACUUUUAUCUAACCGAUAACUUAAAGUCCAAGCAAUUCUAUUUACCCCAUCCUUCAUUAUCAUCUACACCUUCAUGCCCAACAAUCACUGUUGACCUCACCACUGCACCAUCUUCUUCCUCUUCUCCUUUGGGUAGGUUUAUUACAAAUUAUCCCUCAACUGCUCCAAGAUAUUCUUCCACAAGUCUAAGCUUCGGUUCUUCAGAAUCCAACUCAAUGUCGUGGGGCAACAAUUUACUUAGCUAUGGUAGCACUCAGCCAUAUAUCAAAAAUCAGACUGGAAGUUUAAACCCAGGAAUAAGACAACCUAUGGAGAAUAUUUAUCAAUCCUUCUUACAAAAGAGUAACAUUCCUGCUGCUCCCCAACAAUCUAUACCUGUAGAUACGAUAGCUGCCGCAACCAAAGCUAUAACUGCGGACCCAAGUUUCCAAUCUGCUUUAGUAGCAGCGCUCACAUCAAUCAUUGGAACUGGCGACAGCGGUGGAACGAGUGGUGCAAGUCAGGUUGGCGGAGGUCAGGUUGGCGGAGGAGAUAAUCUUGGUGUAAUGCAGAAACUUAAGUGGGGUGAACAAUUUCCAGUGGCUUCUAGUUACUCAGAGAGUGUGAAAGGCAAUGGUUGCGGAUCAAGCUAUUUGAACAAAUCAUCAACGACGACAAAUACUCAGCCGGGAAGUUUGAUUUUUCUACCACCUUCUUUACCAUUUGCCUCUUCUAAAAGUGCAUCUGCAUCUCCUGCCGAGAAUAGAGAGCAUACAAAUUGAGAUUCAAGCACUCAUUAAUCUUCUUUAUAAUCGAAU